GCGUAGAACUCCCAACCCUUCGUGAACAUUUAAUUACUGACUGCAGAUUCAUCAGAUUGUCAGCCCCUGAUAUAAUAUGACAUCCAGAUCCACCAGUUUCAGUUUGUCACUAUAGAGAUUUCGGGGUGUAAUUCAGUGACUCGAGAAACAGAAAUCAUGCCGACCCCGCCGUGCUUCGCGAAGCGUACCGCUACCCUCCCAGAUGAUCCUUUUGAUCGUUUGAUGGAGUUGAACAACUAUCUGUUACAGUUGAGCCAAGAGGUAGCAGUAACGCAAGUGAAGAUCGCGGAGACCAUCUCGAUUUGUCGGGCGACACGCACAAGCACUCGCACGGACCAAGCCGUACAAACAGGUAUAGAGGAAGCGGAAGAAAAGCUUAUUUAGAAAAUAAUACUUGCUUCUGAGCCUGAGGCGCAAGGUUCCUAUGCCUCCCUGUGCGCCGAUUUUUUUUGUUCAAGCAUUACCCCUAAUUCAGUAUUGCGAGAAAGACGCAUUGGUUUCUAGGGGCAAAGAAUGAUGUCAGCGUUAUGUUUUUAUCGAAUCAGAUGGCAUUCUUGGCGACAGUGGUGCCAUUGGGCAGGACCAGGUGGAAGAAGAAGAGGAAAUAAAAUUGAUCGCGGGGGGUAGCUCGAGCAAUUGCAAUUCCAACUCUAUUGACCGCCAACCUCCGUUAGCCGACUUUGAACUCCUCGAGAAUCGCGACCAAAUUGAAGAGGACCAUACACUUGGUAAAAAUGAUAAAUCAUCUUCACAUCUGCCUAUUGAUUUGCCUCAAACACCAUGUACUCUUAAAAAAACGCAUGAGAGAACAUAGAUUAGAUGCAUGUCUCUCGUCUUUCCUGUUUCUUCCGGCUCUACCCAUGGUUGUAUCGCUGUUUGAUGUCAGUGUUUCCUUGGUGGCGUCGUGAGCUUUCUCUAAUUUCCACAAUUUGAAUUUUUGCGCACGUGGUUGUCUCCAUAAGUAACAAGUGUAAGUGUUUCGAUUUUGUAUGCAGAUGGAUCAUUUUAUGAACGUACGGUGGUGGAAUGGACCCACCCGAAUUGGCAAUGGCAUUGCUCAUACGUAGUUAAUUGCAGGACGACUCUUGGUACCUGCGGCAAGCGCGAGUUUUUUUUAAGAAGCAGCGGACUUUUUCGAAAAAACAGGUACGAAUCCGGCUCAUAAAAAGCGCAGCGCAGCUUCCACGCCGCUGGAGGAGCACAUGGACGGCGGGCUUUCUGCACUCGGGGUGCAGCGGCCGAAGGUCGCGCGGCGACUCAGCGGUAUUUAUAUUCUGCUUGAGCACGACGCGAAGUAGAUUUCCACGUUUUUAGGAAGAAUGUAAAGCGCGUCUCUUUCAUUCAUGGCCACGAAAUCACGGAUCGUUUUCGGUAGAAUCCUGUUUGACAAGAAUCUACCUUACUUAGAUGUAGAUCGGUUUUUUUGUUCUCGCCUGCGAAAAGGACGAGAAGGUACUUGAUCCUGUCAUCUGACAAGGGAGAGGAUAACCACACAGUCGUGCAUUUUGAUUUCUGAUAACCGGUCCUACAACUCCAUCAGCACGGCAAACACAAUAAAAACAGACGUCGGACCAGGGGAGGUGAAUCUGCUGGACCAGCAGCAUCAGCUUCAGUCCGGGGACAAAACGCACGAUACGCAUUCGUCGUCGACGAAGCAGACCGACGAAACUGCACUGGACCAGCACGCCACGACGAAGGACGACCAGUGUGAGACACAGCAGAGUGCGAAGGGUCCAGCCGAGGUGCAGAAGGUCUUGGAACAGCCGGAAAAGCAGCUGAAGCAGUUUUCGUCAUCGCAGGUAGAUGCCUAUGGGAGAAACAGCUUGCUGCACGCCCUCCACGGAAACGAGGAAGCCGCUCAGAACCCCUUGCACAAGAAGAAGUUCCACACCGAUAGGUACGGGAGUUUCGGGCACGUGUACAAGGUCAAGCCAGCUAACAACAGCAAAGCCUACGCAGUGAAAGUUGUCAACCUCGACCGGUUGUUCGAGGGAGACCCCGAGGACGUGCUGAGGGAAGGCCUGGCUUUAGACUUCUUCCGCAAUUUAAAAAGCAAGCCCGCCGAGGUCUGCUACGCCUGGCGGCCCAGCAAGGUGUACACCUACGUCCUGAACGGCAGAGAGGCAAGGCACCUGGUAAGUGUUGUUCAUUGUUGUUGUAAAUAUACGCGUUUGUCGCAGCCUGCGGGCUUGUCGUUGCUUGUGAAGUAGACUAAGACUGCACUUAUCGCAGACUGUGCAUUCGCCUUGCUAUGUUGUGCGCAUAAAUUUUUUCUCGAUUUUUCUUCUAUUGCUAUUGGAAAAAAAGACGCGGGGACGAAAUUAAUGCAACCACAGGUUUUCUCCAUGCCUUUUGUGAACCCCGUCAUCCCGAAAGGCACCUCGUUCAUGACGAUAAUCAGAAAGGGAUUGAAAACCUCAGCUGUCGGAGACGUCAAGGAAGUGCGCCAAGUUUUUCACAAGAUGCUCCGAGGGCACCGCUUCGCGCGUAAAACGUUGAAGGCAGUGCAUCAUGACAUCGACGAGGGGAACGUGAUGAUCACGACAUGCACCUCUAGUGAGUCGCGGAAGAAGCCGCGGGUACUUAUUUGAAGCUGCUGUUCGUUCUUUUCCUUGUGCGACCUUUUCGCGCUUCUGUUAUUGAAAAAAGAUUUUGCUACUAGCACCGCGUAAGUCUCACAACAAAAUGUAAAUAUGAUAAUUCUUUCUGCACAAGGUAGAGGGAACAGAAUAUCGCAAGAACCUGUUCCUGCAUAUGGGGGAGGAGCUUCUGCUCGUUCUCGCCGUAGCAGUCACCUCCGCUGCUCGUUGGAGCACUCUCCUAUUGCCUUGUAAAGGAUUUUUUCUACCCGAAUCCACAGGUAGCCACUCCCAUUUUGGCCGAUUGGGGGAAACUGCGACUUAUCGGAGCCAAAACACCCGACACAUACGGUAAGAGUGCUUAUGCUCCUGGAUCGCGUUUGACAAAGAGCACGGAGCGUCCGGCGGUCAGCCAUGGUGACGAUGAUCCAGCCCUCGCGUUGACGUUAUUCGAGUACGUCACCGGGGAAAACUUUGCGAAGUUCGGGUUCCAGGUGACAAUCUUUUUUUAUUAAUUUCUAGUAGAGAUCCAGAUCGUUGUUUUUGUUGAAGCGUUUCUUUCUGUGUUUCACGGUCCAAGACUCUGCUGCCGCUUCCGACGGUGAGGUGAACAAGAUACAAAAGCUUUCAACUGAUGAAUUUCGCAUCACACUGAAUCUUUUGACUCUUCCAGUUCUCACCCGACGCCAGCGGAAAUUUCACCGCGCACAAACGUGGACUGAAGGCGUUUGGGGACCAGCUGAAGCUACCGUUAAGGCAGGAGAUGAACGUGAAGCCGGAGGCGGCAUUCAAGAAGCUGAAAAGCAACGCGAGUGAGGAGGACGCGGGGCUGUUCGGCAGGAGUAUGGUUCUCCAGUUUCGGAACAAGUUCGGCGACCCUUGCUCGACCGAGCUGGAUGAUUUCUGCACCGAGCUGGCUCCGUUCAUCCUCGAAGACAACGACCCGCAGGCCGACGCGUCGGCGGUCGCCAUCGCCGCCGAGUUUCCCGCUGGACAGGAGAACGCUUUCCCCAUGGAGAAGCACUGGGCCGCUAGCAAAGAAGAGCUAUUGAGCCACUUCGAGGCCGAGACGCGUACUGUGCCGGCAGUGUAGACCUCCUGAGAGGACUUGCUGGGCGAGUUCUAGCAUUCAAGCGCGCGCGGAGUGGUUGCUUGUAAUUAUUUACUUUUUGGAAGCGUGCUCACUCUUAUUUGCUCUGUACGAUGAACGAACGAGACUUGUGUAUUUGAGUUGGACUCUCCUGUCUAACAUUUGAGCCACUAAACUAAUGACAAAGAAUAUUCCAGGGUUUGAUUUCAAGUUUAGAUAGAGAGAAACACAAACAUGUUCAAAGAAAUGAAUAAGCUUGCUUUGAGUGAUGUCCGUUUCAUUCCGACAAUAACUUACAGUUGUCCUUCGGGCACGAUUUACUUUUGAACAGAACUGUGUAUGAUAUUAAUUUACGAUAGCUUCGCUUUCGGCGUUGCCAGGAGACAAUACAACGCAACCUAUGUUGAGUAGAACAAAACCCGAGCCCAUAGGCACCAUUCAACGCUAAUCGCAUCUUUGCUCGUUUCGAAGACGAGUUUUCUUUUUUCAGCAAUUUCCCCACUUCCGCAGAUAAAUCGGUAUUUUUGUCUUCCUUUUUGUGUUGCGAUUCUGAGCUCUAGUCCUUUUUAUUUGAAGCUGCUUUCUCGGUAUAUUUGCUGGCGAGCCUAGAUACAAGUUGAAGUUGAGCUUUUACUUUACCUUUAGCCAAUACCUUAUUCCUCACAGUGAGUAUCCAGCUUCGGACACACUCAAACUCAAUUCGCUUUUAGUUGUUGUAUGAUUAGCUUGUCCACAACAAACAGAUAUCCUAUGGUUAGCUCACUAAAGAAAUAACCUGGAUGGUAGAUAGAAGGUGACUAUAGAGCUUUCCUGCUUUAUUCUUGUAUGAUUAGUACCUACUUGUAAUUCUAAUUCACUUGUUUGCCCACAUGCGAAAUCCGUCGAUUUUGUUGCUGGGCUUAGGAGAACUCCGUUUUCGAUUUCAAUCUCAUUCACCCGAGAUAUAAACAAACCAGCUCUAGGACAUUUUUCCACGAGCAUGGCAAUCCGAGAUGGAGUGGGUACUUGCAGAGAAUGCUCGACCACGAGAACCAAAGACCUUUACGCCAGCGCGGGUGUCAUUUUCCCUGUGAGAAAGCAAAAAAUAGAAAAUUGUCCGCACAGCGCUGUGAUUGCCGACCAGUAUCCAACAGAAAAAAAAGGCAAGAGCACGAAAAGGCAAGAUAGAACCUAAAGAGGGCUGGCCCGCAAAUAAAUAUAGAUACCGCACAGAUCCGAUUUGGCAGCUUCCUUUUUUCGUCAGCAGAAAAGUGCAGUCGGGCUCCGGUCGACGAUGGGAUAUCGG